AUGACAAAGACGAGCAACGACACCGAGAACACGAGUGAAAAGCCAAGUCCUCGACUUAUCUAUACGCCGUCCUACAUGAUCAAUGUACACGCGCGAUCAUCCUCGCUGCCCAAAGCCGCCCUCAGUCCAGCGCCGUCACAGUCAAGUACUACCGAUGACCGGCCUUUCUCGCCAGCAUGGACCCUGUGUGAUGCCACGCCCCGAUUGCUGCUGAUAAUGAUUGCGGGUCAGCCCCAUGCGUCACUAGCGAAACACAUCGAGACGAUCAUGAGCCGAGUGUCAAUCACCGACAUCAUCAUCAUUGGCACCGCCGCUCACGAACCCGCGAUCAAGCAAUUGAAAAUCGACGCCUAUCACAUCUUGGGUCGGAUGCAGGUGCAAGCCGGCUUGCAAGUCCACACGCCGGAGACAUGGGACGAAGCCAAACUGGAUGCGAUCGUGAAGGCGGCCACCAAGACUCGGGCGAUCAUAAGAGGCGUGCUGUGCUGUCCGGAGUACGAGGACGCGAGUGUGCCGGAGAAGAGCAUCCUCGGGCUCGGCACGAUCGAGCUGGAGCACGCCAUGCGGCAGAGCACGGGAUUCGUACACGCCGUCGCCAAAGCCUGUACGUCGCAUCUGACCUCCAGACAAGAGUCCCCUCGGAAGGACAUGACCAACACGUCCUUGCACGACCUGCGGCGGUCGUUCUUCAUCGUGACGACCACGACCUCGGAGUCGCCGGUGGCCGCCCUGACGACUGCCGCGUUGGAAUCGCUGGUCUCGAUGCUGAAGGCGACAUACCGGGCCUCGGGCCUGAUCAUCGGGCAUUCGGAUACGUUGCUGAUACCGCGGAGAUCGAGUGAGAAGCGCUCCGGGGCCAAUUACGGUAGCAUGCGGCCUCUGGACACCGGCAUGCCACGGGGGCCAUCCAAGAACGCCGAGCUCUCCCCUGUGAGCCCGAUCAAGUUGUGGAACAUGUGGUCCCGAGCGAACGAGCUACACAUCUGA